UGUUUUUUUUUUUUAGAUUAACGCUCAGAAAGUCUAAAUUCACACAGCUAUCUUUGACUCCCCCUUUGUUAUACUCACUCCGAUCUGAUCAGGAAAAUCAUUCACCGCCGCCGGCCAAAUGCUGCCGCCGGAGCUCCAUCCACGGGCCUUCCGCCCGUACAUAUCCCCCUCCGCCAGCGCCCCCUCUUUCGCCUCGUCCUCCUCCUAUAACGGCGACCAAAACCCUAACCCUAGCCCCACCUCUUCCUUCUAUUACGGCGUAGCCGGUAGUAGUAGCAGCAGCAGUAGCCGUCGCGCCAGCUCCUCCAUGAAGAAUUCCCGAUUCUCCCCUUCCUCCUUCGUCCACAACGCCAGAAUUGCCGUCGCUCUCGUCCCAACCGCCGCCUUCCUCCUUGACCUCGGCGGCUCACCGGUGGUCGCCACCCUCGUCGUCGGUCUCAUGAUUGCCUACAUCCUGGAUUCUCUCAACUUCAAAUCCGGGUCCUUCUUUGCCGUCUGGUUUUCCCUCGUCGCCUCACAGAUCGCGUUCUUCUUUAGCUCUUCUCUUUUCUACACCUUCAAUUACGUGUCGCUCGCUCUCCUUGCUUCCUUCACUUGUGCAAUGGCGAACUUCUUAAUCGGAGUUUGGGUUUCGCUUCAGUUUAAGUGGAUACAAAUCGAAUAUCCAACCAUUGUGCUUGCUCUUGAACGCCUCUUGUUUGCCUGUGUUCCGCUUAUAGCUUCCGCUAUUUUUACGUGGGCAACUGUUUCUGCAGUUGGUAUGAUUAAUGCUGCUUACUAUCUCAUGGUUUUUAAUUGCAUUUUCUAUUGGCUUUACUCAAUUCCUCGAAUAUCCUCAUUCAAAUUGAAACAAGAAGUGAGUUACCAUGGGGGUGAGGUUCCCGAGGACAGUUUUAUUCUUGGGCAGCUCGAGAGCUGUGUGCACACCCUGAAUCUCGUGUUCUUUCCUCUGUUAUUCCAUAUUGGCUCGCACUACUUGAUUAUUUUUUCAUCUGGUGCUGCUGUUUGCGAUUUGUUCCUCCUUUUCUUCAUUCCCUUUCUGUUUCAACUUUAUGCCUCCACAAGAGGGGCUUUAUGGUGGGUUACUAAGAAUGAGCAUCAGUUGCGGAGCAUUCGGUUUGUCAAUGGUGCAGUGGCAUUGGUUGUCGUUGUUGUUUGCUUGGAGGUUAGAGUUGUUUUCCAUUCGUUUGGGCGGUACAUACAUGUUCCGCCACCGCUGAAUUAUCUUCUUGUCACCAUUACAAUGCUUGGAGGUGCAGUUGCUGCUGGUACUUAUGCUGUUGGCAUGGUGUCUGAUGCAUUCAGCUCUCUGGUCUUUACUGCUUUAGCCGUCAUUGUCAGUGCUACUGGAGCGGUUGUUGUGGGAUUUCCUAUUCUGUUCCUUCCGCUCCCAUCAAUAGCUGGAUUUUAUUUGGCUCGCUUUUUCACAAAGAAGAGUCUGCCAUCGUACUCGGCAUUUGUUGUGCUAGGGAGCUUGAUGGUGAUGUGGUUCGUGAUGCAUAACUAUUGGGACUUGAAUAUUUGGGUAGCAGGCAUGUCAUUGAAAUCAUUCUGUAAGCUUAUAGUUGGCAGUGGAAUUCUGGCGAUGGCAAUUCCUGGUUUAGCUGUUCUUCCACCAAAACUUUCUUUCCUGACUGAAGCUGGAUUGAUCAGCCAUGCAUUGUUGCUGUGCUAUAUCGAAAAUAACUUUUUUAACUAUUCCAAUGUGUACUAUUACGGGAUGGAUGAGGAUGUGAUGUAUCCGAGUUAUAUGGUUGUUAUGACUACUUUUGCGGGUUUGGCCAUUGUGAGGAGACUUUCCGUGGACCACAGAAUUGGUUCAAAGGCAGUUUGGGUUCUGAUUUGCCUGUAUUCUUCAAAGCUAUCUAUGCUUGUUAUGGCGUCCAAGGCUGUGUUGUGGGUGUCGGCUGUUCUUUUGUUAGCAGUAUCUCCUCCAUUGCUGCUUUAUAAGGAUAAGUCUAAAUCAGCGUCAAAGAUGAAACCUUGGCAAGGUUAUGCGCAUGCUGGUGUUGUUGCUUUGUCCGUCUGGUUUUGUCGUGAAACAAUCUUUGAAGUCCUUCAGUGGUGGAAUGGGAGGCCUCCAUCUGAUGGGUUACUUUUAGGCUCUUGCAUCCUUCUGACAGGAUUGGCUUGUAUACCAAUUGUUGCCCUGCACUUUUCUCAUGUCAUGUCCGCCAAGAGAUACUUGGUGUUGGUUGUAGCAACUGGUCUGCUGUUCAUCCUCAUGCAGCCACCAAUUCCUCUGUCAUGGACUUACCAUUCUGACCUAAUUAGAACAGCUCGCCAAUCAGCUGAUGACAUUUCCAUAUAUGGCUUCAUGGCAUCAAAGCCUACAUGGCCGUCAUGGUUGCUUCUUGUAGCAAUCCUUCUUACUCUUGCUGCUGUCACCUCCAUUAUUCCCAUUAAAUACAUUGUAGAGUUGAGGACAUUUUAUGCCAUUGCAGUAGGAAUUGCUCUUGGAAUUUAUAUAUCUGCAGAGUACUUUCUUCAGGCAGCAAUUUUGCAUGCCCUUAUCAUUGUCACCAUGGUCUGCACUUCUGUAUUUGUGGUCUUCACUCAUUUACCUUCUGCCUCUAGCACAAAACUUCUGCCUUGGAUAUUUGCUCUGAUUGUGGCCCUCUUUCCAGUGACAUAUUUACUGGAGGGCCAGGUGAGAAUUAAUAAGAAUUUCCUUGGAGAAAGUGGAGUUGAAGAUAUGGCUGAGGAAGACAACAAGAUUGCAACACUGCUUGCUGUUGAGGGUGCGAGGACAUCUCUUCUUGGUUUGUAUGCAGCAAUCUUUAUGCUUAUAGCUCUUGAGAUAAAAUUUGAGUUGGCUUCGCUUAUGCGGGAAAAGAUUGUGGAAAGGGGUGGGCUUCGUCAUAGCCAGUCCGGUCAAAGCAGUUUGGCUACUGUACCUCCAAGAUUGAGAUUUAUGAAACAACGCAGGGCCUCUACUAUGCCAACAUUUACCAUCAAGAGGAUGGCGGCAGAGGGAGCCUGGAUGCCGGCAGUUGGUAAUGUUGCCACUGUGAUGUGCUUUGCAAUAUGCCUGAUCUUGAAUGUGCAUCUCACUGGGGGUUCGAACCGUGCCAUAUUUUUCUUGGCACCUAUUCUCUUGCUGCUUAAUCAGGACUCAGAUUUUUUUGCUGGCUUUGGUGAUAAGCAGAGGUACUUCCCUGUUACCAUGGCUAUAUCUGCCUACUUGGUCUUGACUGCUCUCUAUAGCAUAUGGGAAGAUGUAUGGCAUGGAAAUACAGGCUGGGGCGUUGAUAUUGGGGGACCUGAUUGGAUAUUUGCUGUCAAGAAUGUGGCCCUCCUUAUCCUGACAUUGCCAAGCCACAUCCUUUUCAACAGUUUUGUUUGGAGCUACACAAAGCAGGCAGACUCAAGGCCGUUGCUUACUAUACCCCUCAAUCUGCCAUCAGUCAUAAUAACGGACAUUAUCAAGAUUAAGAUCUUGGCGCUACUUGGAGUUAUAUAUUCCUUGGCCCAGUAUCUAAUUUCAAGACAACAAUAUCUGUCAGGGUUGAAGUAUAUUUAGAAAGCUAUACGUACCCUGUACAAUAUGUUACGAGAAUUUUCAAGUUAGAUUUGCAAGUUUGAGGGCUAAUAUACCCUAAUUGUUGCUUAAUUGACGCAUGAGAUUUUGGUAAAUGGUCAGGUGCAUGAGCUAAGUUAACUGCUGGAAGCUGUUGCAUAGAGUUAAAAACAUGAAAUUACGUCAUCCUUGCUCGUAA